CUGCCUACUCGCCGCUGUCUCGUCUCCGUCCAUCCCGCGAUCUCCGACUCCGACCCCGUCGACGACCACCGCGCCCCUCGCCGGCGACGGAGCGAGAAUGCAGGGCGGAUCCAGCGGCAUCGUCUACGGCGGCCUCAAGUACCAGGCGAGGUGCAUCGCCGACGUGCGCGCGGACGCCGGGUCGACCACCUUCCUCGCGGGGACGCUCAGCCUCAAGGAGGAGAACGAGGUGCACCUGAUCCGGCUGUCGCCGGCGGAGAGCGAGCUGGUGUGCGACGGGCUGUUCUACCACCCCAACGAGAUCUGGGACCUCAAGUCCUGCCCCUUCGAUCACAGGGUCUUCUCCACGGUCUACACGUCUGGUGAGGGUUAUGGUGCUUCUGUUUGGAAGAUCCCGGAGAUGUAUGGGCAGUCGAAUUCGCCGCAACUUGAGCAGCUUUUCACGCUUGAUGAGCACACGGGCAAGAUAAGAUGUGUUCUCUGGUGGCCACUGGGGAAGCAUGACAAGUUAAUUAGCAUUGAUGACAGAAAUAUAUUUCUUUGGAAUAUAGAUGCAUCAAAUAAGUCAGCCAAGGUGAUACAAAAGGGAUCUGCUGACAUGCUUCCCAAUUUACGUGGUGGAGCUUGGGAUCCACACAAUCACAAUUCAGUUGCUGCAAUUACUGAUUCAUCACUUCACUGCUGGGAUCUCCGUUCUAUGAAGAAAUCGAAUGCAAUUGAGCAUGCUCAUUUUCGAGAUGUGGAUUAUAACCCCAAGAAAGAGCACUUAAUUGCAACAGCAGAAGAUGAAUUUGGUAUUCACUUAUGGGAUCUCAGAACGCUUAAGCAUCCUCUGAAGAAUCUCCCUGGACAUUCACAUUGGACAUGGGCUGUUCGGCACAAUCCUGAGCACGAUCAGCUGAUUCUGAGUGCUGGAACAGAUUCAACUGUCAAUUUGUGGUUUGCUAAAGUUGGCACUGAUGACUUGGGACCUGAAAGCCCUUCUGGUUCACCCGCAAGAGAAGAAGAACCAUUACUAAACUCAUACACUGACUAUGAAGAUAGCAUAUAUGGUAUUGCAUGGAGCUCCCAUGAUCCAUCAUUAUUUGCUUCUUUGUCUUAUGAUGGAAGGGUUGUUUUAGAAUCAGUCAAGCCCUACUUGCAGAGAAAAUGAAGCUGUUGUGUCUAUUUUCUCCAUUGUAAGGGCACAUGAUACUUCCCCUUUGCUCAGUCUGUUCUUCAUGUGUUGUCCUAACAAACUUUUCAUUUUUCUCCUCUGCUCAAGCAGACUUGUUUGUUGUGCAUAUAAAUUGGUGUUGUAGAGCUUCUCCUUGUCAUUCCAUACACUGUAUUCUGGUACAUGGAGUUGAUGGCCUGAUUCGACAGUUUGUAGCCCCAGACAACAGCAAGCCAAUAAUAUUUCAGUAACCUCUUGGCAGAAGUCCAUUGUCAUAUGAUCUGACACCCUUGUGAUUCAGGCCAGCUGUGAUUGCAAAAUAUCUGAUCUAGCCUAUUGGGAAACAAAUACAGCGUGGUACCACUGAUGAGUGAUGCUAAAUACCGCUUCUUGGAAGUCUUGUGUAUCUGAGAAAAGUUUGGCGCCAAAUGGUUGCAUUAUGUGGUGAAAGUAUGACCAAUCUAAAUUUUGUAGAGCUGUUGAGAUUGACAAGAUCAAGCUUCUGCUUAUCACUCGGUGUUUUUUACUGUAUGCUAUGGCUGUCUUUAUUUAG